AUGGAAAAAUUGUUGGAGGCGUUCAAGACCAGUAUCACGCCGGCCCAAGCAAUGCGAUUGUUUACCCAGCCGAAGGAUCCCAAACGAAGUUGGCCCGAGCGUUAUAUGUAUCUGACGGCCAUCGCUGAGGUUACCGGAAAUGGUGGAGACUAUUUGGUUUUGGACAAUAUUAAUCAGUACGCUUCUUCAGGAAUGCGAACCGUUCUUUUUGCGAAAGUUGAUCCUACUAGAAGUGAUUACCUGGUGAAAGCCGAAGAGCUAACUCAAUUUGCUCAGGCAUACGAGUUUAACGUGGGAAGGGAGAAGACUCUUGGACAAGAAAUUGUUGGGUCCGUUUCGGAACGACGUGGAAAGGAGAUGCGCCGAUGUCACUCUUGUAAUGAGGUUGGGCAUUUACAAACCGCGUGUCCCGAACGAAAAUUCUUGCCCCAAGUAUCAUCAAAUUUGUCACUGGCCGUCAAUGACUUGUCAGAUAAAUUUAAAGAUGUUUGGAUCCUAGACAGUGGGUCCAGCAGACAUUUAGUCGGUGAUGAAUCAUGGCUUGAUAAUGUCGAAUCUUGUCAAGGAACAUGUCUUUAA